GCUCAGUACUAUUUAUGGCAAUGUCUACACAACUCUCGCCACUAAAAAUGCUUUGCAUCUGUUGGAGAUAGCAGAGAUGACAGAUAUUCCAGUGGCUGAGGGCUCUCAUGUGACAAUCAACGAGGAGGUCAAGAAAUUAUGAGUCGCUAACUUCUAGGGAAAAUAGAAAGCCAGAAACUUGUCCUAUUUCUUUCCAAAAAUGACAAAGUAGAUGAUAUAUGGUGGUUUAUGAAUUGCAUGCUCAAGAAUGGAGUAUGUCUGUUUCAUUUGUGUGAGAUAUAACAAAUUUCAAAUGCUAAUGAUCACAUGAUUUUGGGUAUGCAUCUACUACUUUUUUUUUGACACGAAGGUUCAUGUUAUGUACAAGCUCGGUUCUUCCAAUAUUCCUGACUAAGCAGGAACCAAACUGGAUAAGGUAUAUGAUUGGGAAAGGUACCUGGAAGCCAUCAUUAUAAAUUCUGGGGAACUUAAGGCAACUUGGAAUGCUUUUCUGUUAGUUGUUUUUGGUUUGGUAGCUGAUGUAUCUAUUAAACUGCUUGAUAAUGUGAAAGAAAUCUCUGAAAGCAGAUUCUGUUAUUUGGAAUAUGAUUUAUAGAUUCACGACAUUUGCAAUUCAUGUAAAGAAAGGUACAAAACUUCGAAUUGCUGAUUUUGUCCAUGGUACGGAUGGACUGGGGAACCAAAACUUUCCUCCGCCAAAAGGAAAGCCAAUUGAACUGUCUGCCGCUGAUUUUCUUAUCCAGCAAGCUAAUCUUUAUCCUGGAAAGGUCACUGUGGUGGCCUUGGGUCCUCUAACGAAUGUUGCACUGGCUAUACAAUCAGAUCCUUCCUUUGUCAAAAAUAUUGGGCAAAUUGUUCUUCUUGGUGGUGCAUUUGCAGUAAAUGGGAAUGUGAAUCCUGCAGCUGAGGCAAAUAUUUUUGGAGAUCCAGAGGCUGCAGAUAUUGUAUUCACAAGUGGAGCUGAUGUUUUGGCUGUUGGGAUAAAUGUUACCCAUCAAGUUGUUUUAACUGAUGCUGAUAGAGAUAAGCUGGCCGAAUCAAAUGGAAAGUUUGCUCAGUAUCUAAACAAAAUUUUAGAUGUGUAUUUUUCCUAUCAUCAUGAUGCAUACAGCACAAAAGGUGUUUACCUUCACGACCCAACAGCCCUUCUCGCUGCUGUUAAUCCUUCGCUGAUCACCUGUACAGAAGGUGCUGUCCGAGUCCAGACUACUGGCAUCACUAGGGGUCUAACAUUGUUCUAUAACAAACAGAAAAGGUUUGUGGAAGUAACUGAAUGGUCUGAUAAACCCUCGGUCAAGGUGGCAGUCACUGUUGAUGCUCCAGCAGUCGUGAAAUUGGUCAUGGAACGGCUAACACAUUCUUAAAUUUAUUCAGAGUGAAACUAUGCUGCUUGUCCAUCCAGUUAUUUGGCCACCGGCAUUUCAAUUCAUCUGCAUCGAUUUUAUGCUCAAAUUGGAGUUCAAAAAUGUAUUCUUACUUGGACUAUGUAAAAAAGAUCCUUUUGUUAACUGAAAUGAAACAAAAACAAUUGAAAGAGACCUCAGUCUGAAAGCAAAGCACCAAUGCAAGGAAUUUUUGCGAGGAAUGGGUGAAUAAAGAUCAAUUUCAUGUACUUUUGAGUUCCUUUUCCUUUGUUAGCUGAGUGUUUGUCAGUUACUGGUGAUCCUUUUUCCUCGUGCUGAUGGUUCUUGGACAAUGCGAGUCUUUGUUUCCUAUCCUCCUUACUAUAAAAGUUGACUUUUUAAUGCUUUUGGAUGAGGCUAA